GGCAGACCUGAUGGCAUUUUCAUGCUUCACAGCAUGAUUUAUUCUUACAAUAAUCACAUGGCUGCUGUAACAGUACACAUCACAAUCAACAACAACACAGAACACAGCACAGGUUUUACGCCGGCGAGGCAUGAUUGUAGAUUCCGCGCAGGUAAGUCCAUCUCACCUGCAGCGCAUCGCAGAACGUACUCCGUCACAUACUCCCUUCGCCCCUGAGGCCGAAUCUAACCUACUCGCCCCCUCCGCGAGCAGGCAAGGGAAUCGGCCCGGAUCAUCGUCGCCCCAGGUAGCCUUCCAUGUGGCAAACAGCGGCGGGGCAGCAGGCAUGGAAGUGAGCCGGGGCUCACAGGCAGCUGAGCAGGCGGUCGGCGCGCAGUACCGCGCAGCGUGCUGCCUCUGUUGGAAGAGAGGCUGGACCGGACAGCACGCUGCCCUCGGGUGUGGCAGGACCCCUGCGCACAUAUGUCUCCAGCUUGGCAGGUCCCGCUGCCGCGCCAGCCUCCGGCUCACCCCGAACCGGUCCUUGCCGUGCGCUGUCCACCGUUAAAAUAAUCACACGAUUUCUCUAACAGUACAUUAGUACAACCGCUGCAGCUCGCCAGCUGUACACAUCACUAACAACAACACAAGCAGAGCACAGGUUUUAAGCCAGCCAGGCGUGAUUGUAGACGCGGUGCAGGUGAGUCCAUCUCACCUGCAGUGGCAUCGCAGAGCAGCCACAAUAAGAAAGCAUUUUCUAUUUAAUUAUAAACUUUAUCCUAAUUAUGUCCUGGGUUUUAACUACUUAAUAAUAAAAAAGGAAACAUCACAAAAAACACAAGGUUAUAAAAAUUAAUUGAGAUUUAGCAAUUCAAUGAUGUAUCCACCUUAUUUAUUGAAAAGUAUUGAUAUCGGCGAUACUGGCCCGCAUUUACUUGGUAUCGGAUCGAUAGCAAAAUAUGCAGUAUCGCACACCACUAGUGAACGAAGGACUGAAAUCUGGUCACUUUUUAUACAAAUGAGCUGUGACGCACCGGAAACGGAAGUAGUGUUUCCCCCCAUUCGUUCUUUUAUUUUCUUUCCAGUCCGGCUCCGCUCUGCCAGAGUUUUAAAUACAGGAGAAUGGAAUACAAGCUGAUCAUGGCGGUCUCUGGCUUCCCGAGUCUCUACGACAUGAACUCCCCGACCUAUCGGGACCUGAACAUGCGGAGCGACGCGUGGCGGCAGGUGGCGGAGAUCGUCGGAGUCCCCGAGUCGGAGUGCAGAAGGAAGUGGAAGACGCUGAGAGACCAGCACAGGAGGGAGAGGCAGCGUGAGAAGGAGCGGCGCGAGAGCGGCAUCGGGCUGUUUAACUACCGGCCAUGGAGAUACUCGUCCAUCCUGUCGUUCCUUAAUCCGUUCAUCGAUGCCCGGGCAGCCGGCACCAACGGCUGGGCCCUGGACCCACAGCCCUCUCAGGUCCAGGUGGCCGAAAUGGUCGGCUGCAGCACGACCACGGAGACGCGGAGCGACGACGACGAGAGCUACGGGUUCGCUGUAGCUGACGCGACCACGACGACAUCCUCGUCCUCAUCCUCAGAGUUCCCGCAGAGGAAGCGGCCACCCUCCGUCGGCUUGGACCCGUCCAGGCCCAAAGAAGCAAAGGUUGAGGUGAACUCAGGUGCCACAGCCACUGACGACGGCCUGCAGACGCAGCAGCACGCCAACAUGAAGGAGCUGUUUGAGAUGAUGAUGCACUCGGUGACAUCUCUUGCUACGACCUUAGCUACGUCACGCUCUUCCUCGCAGACCCCUCUUCUGCAGCAGGAUCCGCAGAGUCAUCAUCGCAGCCCGCCGCUGUCCUGGACCGUGGCGCGGCUGAACCAGCUGAAGACAGAGGAGCCGGAAGGCGACGUUGACGAGCUGCUCGUCCAAACAGACGAGGAGGAGGAGGUGGAGGAAGAGCGCCACCCCGCUUCUCCCAGACCGCUCCGGCCAAAGAGGAAGAGCGUCGACGGCCUGCUGGAGGAAUUCCUGAUGAAGACAGAAGCCAGGGAUGUGCAGAGGGAGCGUGACAUGGAGCAGAGGGACGACGUGACGCUGUUCCUGCUGAGCCUGGCUCCGGCUAUGAGGAGACUGACAGCAGAGAAACAGUCAUGGGUCCGAACCAAGAUGCAGCAGUUUCUGCACGAGGCCGAGUUUGGCGCCAGAAAGUUCCAGUGAGCCCACGAACGUUUUGUUGGAAGCUCAUUCAAAGGGGAAGGACUGAAUCCUCCCUGCAGACUCCACACGUGCCGACUCUUCUUACAGGUGAUUCAGGUAGCUCCAGAUUUGAUGGUCUGUCCCUGACCGAUGACUCCAGAUCCUGGGUUUCUGUUUUCAUCGAUGACUAAACGGAUGUCUGCACAAAGCAGGACUUCGGGCACAUCGGGGUCACUGCAGGGUUAACGCCACGCUUCAGUGUUGAUGUCUGAUUACUUAAUGGGAAUUUAAACUUCUACACAGAGGACUCUGUGCACGUGCACAUCCGUGUUCAGCAGCAGGAGACUUUCUAAAGUUUAGAUUUCUCACAAGAAUCUGUCCAGAAACAGUUUUUCACGACCGACUUUAUUCCUGCAAGAAGGCCGUCUGCAGAUGUAAGACAGCUUCAUCGGCUUGUAACUGUCAAAGUGGUGAUUUGAUACUAAAGUGUCUAAAAUUUGAACCUUUGUAGAUGAAGCCUACAUCUGAAUACAGAGUAUUUAUUCUGUCGUCUUACUCAGACGGUCAAACAGCGCAGCCGAGGACAGUAAGCAGACGCCUGUUCUCUGACUGUCUGCGUUUGUCCAGCUGUCAGUUGAUCACAGAGCUAAGAUGAGUCUGUGAUCGAGCACCGUCAGCGUUCAUACUCACUAAAGCAAUCAGAGCACACACUUUAAUACUUCACUACUGUACAGCACGCUGUUACACACACACACAGACAGACAUGAACGGGUGCAGCUUGUAUCAUGUGUUUAAUAAGCUGCAGGCUCCGCCUCCUUCAUGCGUCCAUGUAGCCUGAAUCCUGAUGCGAGCAGGUAAAGUGAUAAAGAUCUGCUGUUAAGAUCUUUGUAGCAAAUUAAUUACUGUUGUUAAGUUUGUGGUCCCAAAGUGUCACACGCUACGUCAGGGCGGGUGGUGCACUCCAGCAGUGCAGACACACUUUUCCUCCUCUCCUCUGUCCCCGACCAAAAUACUUCUUUAUCUGACGUGAACAAGGAUCUUUUAUGACUUUUGAAUGACGCGAAGCUCAAACAGAGACGUGUUGGUUCGUGUUCCUCUGAGAUGAGACUGUUAACACCACUCAAUGUAUUUUAUGUACUUUUAUUUUGAAAGGCCGGUCACACUGAGAUCAAAGUGUGAUCUUUGCUUUCUCCUCUUAAUCAGGAAUUCAGUGAUGAUCAGUGUGUGAUGCAGAAAAGCACAUUUUGUAUUACAGAAAAGUUUCUGUCUGUAUUUCUAAACAAUCAUAAGAGCGUGAUUUUUCCCAGAUAGCAUUGAACGCAAAGGAUUCCUUUCACUCUGGUUUGUGUUCACUACUCUCCCAUGUUAUUCAGUCCUGAGUUGGAACAUUUUUUUAAGUUUCCUGAGUCCUGCAGCUGAUUUUAUUUUUCUUUGUUUGUCCUGUUUUUGUUUUUUGUUUAAAAAAAAAAACUCUU